AGGACUUGUUACUUUUCCAACGUCCGCAUAUAGCCUAAAAUAGAGUCUGAUCAUCUCUGUGUGGGAGGGCAAAAAACGAAUCGGCAAUGGGUUGCGGAGGAUUUGUUUGCACCAAGAAUUCCUUAUGCGCGCUGAAUGUACUGUAUGUUAUUGUUAGCCUGCUGUUGAUUGGCGUAGGAGCUUGGGGGAAAUGGUUUGGCCUGGUAUCCAGUUUUCGUGUGGUGGCUGGAGUGAUUGGCGUGGGCAUCUUCCUGUUAUUUGUGGCAUUUCUGGGCCUCUGUGGAGCCCUGAAACACCACCAGGUCCUGCUGUUCUUUUACAUGCUUAUCCUGUUCCUGGUGUUCAUUGUCCAGCUCUCUGUUUCAGCCGCAUGUCUGGCUAUCAAUAAAGAGCAGCAGGUCAAACUCUUAGAGGCGGGCUUGAAAAAAUCCCCAGCAACACUGAAGGAUGUUGAGAGAACUCUCAACUGCUGUGGUUUCUCUGAAGUGAACACCACUGGCACCUGUGAAGCGGACUGUUUCUCCAAACUAGACUCGUGCGAUCCCUGUGGUCCCCUCAUCCAAACUCAUGCCAGUGAGGUUUUACACUUUGUGGGCGGAAUUGGAUGCUUCUUCAGCUUCACAGAGAUCCUGGGAGUGUGGCUAACACAUCGAUACAGAAAUCAGAAGAAUUCCCAUCUAAACUCUGGUCACUCAGCACUCUGUUAGUCACGCCUACGUAACCUACAUUCCUACCUUCUGAACCGGAUGGGAACCAGGAAGCAACUCUGUUUGGAUUCCACUCCAUUCUUCAGAAGGCUGCCCAACCUGUUAACCAAGGUAUCCCCCAUAAACAAGGAGUUAAUACACCUCAACUCCAAUUGACUCAAAACAAUAACAAUCUAUUGUGCUAGUAUACUGCAUGUCAGACCUAAGUUCAAAUGAUUUUCAGUAUUUCAAUUUGAUUUUGGUUUUAAAUUCUUCAGAUGACCUUUAUUCCAAAGACCUACACAAAUAUUGUAAUGUAUAUUAAAAGUUUAUAUAAAAACAAAUAU